UCAAAACUUGAUUUGGACAGGAUUUCAUUUUCUGCUGAUGCUGCGAAAGAUAUUGUACUUUCUGGUGUAUCGGGUAAACUGAAGCGUUUGGAGCUGUGGUGUCAACUUGCGUGGGAUAUGCUUGGAGGUAUUGUGUUGGACCAGCAUGAUAUUGAUAUGGUUGAGGGAAUUCUGCUGACUGUGGGGCGAUCGAUUAAUUCAAUCGACAAUGUUAAGAAUGGGAUUGAGGAGUGAUUGAUGAAAAAAAAAUUUUGAGUUUCUGAGGCCUUUGUUUAAAAAAAAUUUUUUUGUUUUGGAUAAUUGUUUUCCAAUUUUGUUAUUGUUUGUUAAAUAAACAUUCUUCCAAUUCUUUUUAAUUUCAGCAAAGAGAUUUUAAAUAUGCUUAUUUUUACAUUUAUUUCUGUUUUUUGAUUACUUUACUAAAAUUUGUUUUUUUAUUCAGCUUUUUAUCUAAGAGAUUUUGAACACAAAAUGGAAAGCCUGCUCUUGCUUGGCAGUAAUAACAAUAAUGUUAUUUUCGAACAAGAAUGGGCAAAAUCUCUGCCUGUGGUUAGAAAUUUGCUUUGCAGACAGAACGUUUCCAAAUUUGAAUGGCAAGAUUUAUUCAGCACAAACAACAGAAUCACUUCUUGGGUCGACUCUGGCAAUGAUAAAUUACUUUCAGUAUUAAAAGAGGAAUUGACCAAACAUGUUGGUGAAGCUGCUAAUAAAAUUCUGCCUCAUUCUGACGUCGAUUCUCUGCUCAAGGCAUAUAUCCAAGAAUGGGAAGGUUAUUCAAUUUUAUGUCGCUACUUGCCUCUUCCAUUUUGUUUUGUUGAAAAAAGGGAGAAGGAAUCAAAAAGUGGAAAAAAUAAACAAGGAAUGCAAGUUAGAGAGGUUUUUUUGAAAUUUUAA